CGCUGCAGGCUGGCGGCGGCGGCAGCAGCAGAGCAGGCAGCGCGGGGACUGCGGGACCAGAGGCGGUCGUUCCGGCAGCGACGCCCGGGGAAGCCCGCGUCCCGCCUGCGCCUCCAAGGCGCGCCCUGGGAGCGGGAGCGGCCCCGCGGCGCCGCCCAGGGCGAGAGGCGAGCGCAGGGCGCUGAGAGCCCGGAGUCGGCCAGGCGCUCAGAGCCCAGGCAGCAGCCGGAGCGCGGGGGCGCGGCCCUUGGAAGCCGCAGAGCGAGCCCGGGCCGGGGGAAGAGCGCCGGGCGCGAGCAUCCUGCAUCGCGGCGUUGGAGGCGGCUUCGCCGGAGACAAAAGCCGCCGGUAGAGACGCGAUGACCGCGGACAGCGAGCCCAGCCGGCUAGGAAGCGGGCGCCGCGGAGUCUGAGCGUGCGGAAUAGCGCGUCCCGGGGACUCCAAGGCUCCGGUCGGUGCCGGCGACCGAGGGCGUCGGGCGGGGCCCAGGUGCGACCGGCCGCAUCGGGCCCGUGACUGCUCGGGGGGCGGCGCCCUCCCGCCGCAGCCGCAGUGGCCGGCGCCGCAGCGAGGAGCCAUGGGCAACAUCUCCUCCAACAUCUCGGCCUUCCAGUCCCUGCACAUCGUCAUGCUGGGCUUGGACUCGGCCGGCAAGACCACGGUGCUCUACCGGCUCAAGUUCAACGAGUUCGUGAAUACGGUGCCCACCAUUGGCUUCAAUACGGAGAAGAUCAAGCUGAGCAACGGCACGGCCAAGGGCAUCAGCUGCCACUUCUGGGACGUAGGAGGCCAGGAGAAGCUGAGGCCGCUGUGGAAGUCCUACAGCCGCUGCACGGACGGCAUCAUCUACGUGGUGGACUCGGUGGACGUGGACCGGCUGGAGGAGGCCAAGACGGAGCUGCACAAGGUGACCAAGUUCGCCGAGAACCAGGGCACGCCGCUGCUGGUCAUCGCCAACAAGCAGGACCUGCCCAAGUCGCUGCCGGUGGCCGAGAUCGAGAAGCAGCUGGCGCUGCACGAGCUGAUCCCGGCCACCACCUACCACGUCCAGCCGGCGUGCGCCAUCAUCGGCGAGGGCCUCACCGAGGGCAUGGACAAGCUCUAUGAAAUGAUCCUGAAACGCAGGAAGUCCCUCAAGCAGAAGAAGAAGCGGUAAUACGCCUGGCAGGGUUUGGGAGCUAGGGGGAGCAAGCCAGUGAACGAGCGAGUCAAAAGUGAAUGAAUGGAUAGAUGGGUGAGCGAGAACCCGCGCCCGCGAACAAAGACAGCGAACCAAAGCGAUGCUUCGAAUUUUUAAAACGCAAUCUCUGUACCCAAAUGCAGGACUGGUGACUUAACCCGGCGUGCAGCUGAUUUAUCAGCCAGCUCUCCACCUGCCCCACCCCCCACGCCAGCUCUGGGGACCUUUUGUCUGAACACCGGAGAUACCUAGCGGGUGGGGGCCAGUGGGGUGUGGACCUGCGGUUCGGGCUGUGCGCCCUGCGGCCCCAGGAGAAGGAUCAGAUGUCAGAGACAAAAGCGAUUCCUUCUUACUACGCGGGGCCGGGAGUCCGGGCUGCCCCGCCCCCGUUGAGGGAUCACCUGUGUUACCCGAGGUAUGCAGUUCCCAGAACCCUGGGGGGCACUCAUCUGGAGGCUGGGUGGCACUGGGGAGUGCUGGGGAGAUGAACACCCCCUUGCAUUCAGGGGCUUGGAAGCUGAAUAAUUUUAUGUCACAGGGCAGGCCCCUGUUGAAAUUUCAUAGGUCCUGCUCUGGGCCCAAGGAAGUGGUGGCUUGGGCCAUCAGGACUGCCUGGGACAAUGCGGCAUCUGCAGGGCACGGGCCCUGGGCUGCUGGCCUUGGCUGGGAAUGGCCGAGAAGAUGCCCGCUUCAUGGGGCUUUGUGGUGGCUACUGGAGACCGGUUUUGUUGAGAACUGCUUUUCAACCUGGAAUGAGACCUCUUCCAGAUGGCUUGGACCCUGUCCAUGUGUAGGUCAUUAUCACACAAAAGACACCAAUAAAAAUUUAAAAAAAUAAGACACUGUU